AUGGGUCUUUUCCCCUCGUUUUGCUCAUUUUAUUUGCGCUCUACACCUGGGAUACCUGGAGCCAUGACUUCCAAAGCAUCGGGGUUGGAAAUGCAAAACACGGAGCUUCGGGAAAUGGAUCAAGAGGCUUCGCCAGACCAGAAAGCUGGUACAACAUUAGGAACCGUUCUGGAUGAUCAUGACAUGCAGCGGAUGGGCAAGGCCCAGGAGCUCAAGAGAAACUUGCGCCCUCUUGCGGCCUUAAGUUUUGCAUCGGUAUUGCAAGCCACGUGGGAAUUUAUUCUAAUUUCAAAUUAUGAAGGGCUGUACAAUGGAGGCCUGCCCGGUCUGUUCUAUUCCUAUAUAUGGACAUUCGUUGGAUUCGGAUUCAUCAUCGCCUCGAUUUCGGAAAUGGCCUCGAUGGCACCCACAUCGGGUGGUCAGUAUCAUUGGGUGUCGGAGUGGUCGUCGCCGCGGUAUCAGAAAUUCCUCAGUUAUAUAACAGGCUGGAUGUCAGUUCUAGCUUGGCAGGCCGGAGCAGCAUCUGGUUCGUUUCUCACUGGAACUAUCAUCCAGGGCCUGAUCAGCGUCCGAGACCCGGACUAUGAGCCUCAAAACUGGCAGGGCACUCUGUUGGUCUUUGCCAUGGUCUUGGUGAUCUAUAUAUUCAAUGUCUACGCGUCGGACAUUAUGCCCAUUCUCAACAAUUUGUUGAUGAUUCUGCAUGUCUUGUCAUGGGCAGUCAUCCUCAUCGUGCUCUGGGCUAUGGCUCCUCACAGGUCUGCCGAGGCGGUGUUCCUCACCGAAUGGAGGAAUGGAGGAGGCUGGUCAACAAUGGGACUGAGUGUGAUGAUCGGACAAAUUUCGGCCAUCUAUGGCUCUCUGAGCUCGGACGCCGCAGCGCACAUGUCUGAAGAGGUGAAGGAUGCAGCUCGCAACGUUCCCACAGCCAUCGCCUGGGGUUACUUCAGCAAUGGUGUUAUGGCCAUUGUAUUGAUCGUGACAUAUCUGUUUGCCACACCGUCAGUAGAAGACUCACUGAACGACCCCACGGGAUUCCCAUUCCUCUAUGUCUUCAAACAGGCGACCUCGGUAGCAGGCGUGAACGGUCUGACUGCAAUCAUCCUUCUCCCCGUGAUCUUCAGCAACAUCUUUUUCAAUGCCUCGACCUCCCGACAGACCUUUGCCUUCGCCCGAGACAACGGUCUUCCAUUCGCGAAAUGGAUCAGCAAAGUCGAUUCACGCCGCCAGAUCCCCGUGAAUGCCAUCGCGCUUUCGUGUAUCAUUAGCUGCGCACUUUCUCUCAUCAACAUCGGAUCCGAGACUGCGUUCAAUGCUAUCAUUUCACUUAAUGUCGCUGCGCUGAUGUACACAUACAUCAUAUCGAUGGCCUGCGUGAUUUACCGGAAAAUCUGGCAUCCUGAGACCCUUCCGCCGCGACGGUGGGAUAUGGGUCGGUGGGGACUGGCCGUCAAUAUCACCGGUCUAUUAUAUUCCUGUUUCGCCCUGUUCUGGGCUCUAUGGCCUGGUGAUAGGGAGGUCACCCGAGAAAACUUCAACUGGAGUGUGGUGAUCUUCACCGGGGUUCUGAUCAUCAGUAUUGGGAUGUAUUUUGUGAAAGGAAGAAAGGAGUACAUUGGCCCUUCAGCCAUUGUCCAGAGAGAUUGA